GCAUAGGUUUUCUUCUCCCAGUUGGCACGUUCGUCUUCCUCGCAUGUUGUGCAGACCGACCUGCACAAGUCGCAUGGAAUGUCAUAUUAUCACGAAAACUUGUGGCACGCAUUGCUGCUUGAGCACAAACAUAUCUACACGCUCUCUAAGUUGCCUUUUUGACCGUGGCAGCUGUCGACCGGUGGAGCCAGCGAUUUUUUUUUCGAUCAGCUCUGCUUUUCUUUCCAUGUUGUUGCUCGUAUCAUCGGGGCCUUCUAAUUCCUAACUGCCGCAACUCCCUUUGAUUCCGGUAGACACGCUCUUUUUGCUUCUUUCCGUCGGUUCCUUUGGUGGUCUGCGCCCCGGAGAAUUCCCCUGCCGCUCGCUCGGUCUUCGAGAAAAGGUGUUCCCUCCCGUUGUGAAAAUGAAUGUGUUUGAGCAGUACAAUCAGCGCCAGGGCGCUAUGAACUUGAAGCAUAUCUUCAAUUUCGCGCCUCUGAGCCCCAUUCAGCAGGAACACCUCACUCGCGUCUAUGGAGCGCUCAUGACCAACAUCAUUCUCACGGCUGUUGGCGUGUACGUCCAGCAGCGCAUUCUGGCGCUCCCCAUUUUCCUUCUUCUCGGCGUUCAGGUCUUCUGUGUUUGGGGUUUGGGGGCAUCCAGCACGGAAGCCGUCUACUCCGGCAAGGUGACCACGCCUUUGAGAGCUGCCUACUUUGGAGGAUUUGGCUUCACGACUGGCAUGAUGCUUGGCGACUAUCUUUAUUUCGUGAAUGUUCUGAACCCUCGGAUUAUUCCUACGGCCUUCCUCGUUUCCAUGGGGAUCUUCGCGUCGCUCUCUGCCGCAGCUAUCGUCGCGAAAGACAGAAAGUUCAUUUUUCUGGGGAGCAUCCUUGGCACAGGCCUUACCCUCUUCACGUACGUCUCUCUGUUCUCCGUUGUGUGGAGGACAAAGCUGGCCGACGAUGUUCUUCUCUGGGGAGGUCUUCUCCUCUACAUCGGAUUUGUACUCUUCGACACGCAAGUGACUCUGGAGAUGGCUCGACGCGGAUCGUCUGACUACCUCGUCCAGGCGAUUCAGUUCUACGUGGACCUGGUUGGCAUUUUCAUUCGCGUUGUCCAGAUUCUCGCAGACAAGGAACGCAGAAAGCGCCAGCGUGACGAGGAGUAAACAGAAAGCGGAGAGUGUCAAGGCUGAGGCGCGAAAAUGAACAGACGGGAAAGUGGUUGGCACGGAAAAAGUGAACUGAGGCGGCCUUGGGUGUAGAGUGGUGCAAAGGUAGAAGGAAGAAGUGUGUAGGAUCUCGCGUUUGCUUUUUGCAUUUUUCGUGGCGGGCGCGGGAGGGGGGACUGCGAGACUGAACAACAGAAGAGGGCGUCUGCGGAGAUAGUUCUCCCGGCGACGUCUGCGGUUUCUCUCGAGGAAAUAUAGUGCAAGGAACUAGUUGCGCGUUGCUUUUCAGACUCGUAGGAUUUUGCUUGUAGCACGCACAUCGGUGAAAACUAAGCUGAAGGGGAGUUGGAAAGCUUGCGUGUGGAACACAAGGGUUUUUCUCCUGUGGCGUCACUUCGUAAAGUUCACGUGGAUCCCCUGUCAACACAGCCUCAAGGGGAGCUUGCAAGGAGCUGCAGGUGGCAUUCUUGUCACGUCAGAUGAAUCACAUGGUGCUUUCCUGUCCCGUUCGCAGCGAUUAGGUGGAAUUAAGGGUGUCAUAGUUUUUCUUUUGUCGAAACGGAUACCGUGAUGCCGACAAAACGUGUCUACUGAGUCAACGGAAACCUUAGCGUCGUCUUGCGAGACUUCCCUUUGCCUGCGACGUGGCACCGGCACCUUGUAACAGUCUCUCUGAA